AUUAUACCGGGUUAUCCUAAACCAACCCGAUGAAAAAUGGCGGGAAAUCAUCUAGGGUACUAGUAGGGCACAAGAGUAGUUAGAACUGCUACAGUUCCAUAAACUCACCGGAGCAUCGUUGUUGCACCCUCACCGGAGCAUCGUUGUUGCACCCUCACCGGAGCAUCGUUGUUGCACCCUCGCCAGAGAAUCCAGAAUCAAUUUUUAAUAAGUUUGUAUUGAACUUUAUUUUUGAAGAUUUUUCUAAGAUGAAAAACAAUGAACAUUGGGAGGAGGAAGAGGAAGACGAAGAAGAGGAUUUGGAAUUCUCUAGAAAUUAUUUUCUAGCGAAGGAAGUACAAUCUUCGGUAAAGAAAUCAAAGCGCAAGAUUACUGACAUCGAUGUUGUUGAUGAACAGGAACUUAGGGAAGCUGCAUUGCACAUUCAACCAAAGCAUGAAAACGAGAUUGCUCGAUUAAUGGAUUCUUAUACAGCUAUGUAUCCUGAAUGGCUUCUCUCCCUAAGCUGUGGCUUCGCUCUUCUAAUGUAUGGCUUUGGGUCUAAGAAGGCUUUGAUUGAAGACUUUGCUUCGAAGACAUUGACCGAAUAUUCUGUAGUUGUCAUUAACGGAUAUCUUCAGACCAUUAACUUAAAACAGGUUCUAAUAACUUUAGCUGAACUUCUAUGCGAUCAAGUGAAAGCUAAACGAAGGGUUUCUGGCCGGCAGCUCAAUUCUCAAUCUAUAGAAGAUCUUCUUACAUUUUUGUAUGAAGUGGAAGUAGAGGACAAGGAUUUUUUUGUUUGUGUAGUCAUUCACAAUAUUGAUGGACCAGGAUUAAGAGACUCUGAAACCCAACAGUUUCUUGCCCGACUGGCUUCUUGUACCCAUAUUCGUAUGGUUGCCUCUAUUGACCAUGUUAAUGCUCCCCUGUUUUGGGACAAGAAUAUGGCUCACACACAGUUCAAUUGGUGCUGGUAUCAUGUUCCUACAUUUGCCCCAUAUAAGGUUGAAGGCAUGUUCUAUCCUCUGAUUCUUGCACACGGCAGUGCCAGCCAAAGUGUUAAAACAGCUUCAAUAGUUUUGCAAAGUUUGACACCCAACGCCCAGAGUGUAUUCAAAGUUCUUGCUGAAUAUCAACUUUCUCAUCCCGAUGAAGGAAUGCCAAUCAGCGAUCUCUACUCAGUCUGCCGUGAACGUUUCCUCGUUAGCAGCCAGGUUACCUUGAAUUCUCAUUUGACGGAAUUUAAAGACCACGAGCUGGUCAAAACCAAGAGGCAUUCUGACGGUCAAGAUUGCUUGUACAUCCCUCUAACAACAGAAGCACUUCAAAAAGUUCUACUCGAGAUCAGUUAGUACCGGGAUCACAAUUCCAAUGAAAUCGUACGAGCGCAAACAAAUUAGUUCAUUUAGUCAUUUUUCCAGAAAUCUAUGAUAGGCAUUAUAUAUUAAAUGGAAUUCAAAUCAUCUGAAGCUCAUUCCUAAUGGGAAGGAGCCUUAUGAAGCAAUUUUUAGUCACUAAAACAAGUUUUGUUCUUGAUCUGAAAAAAAUGUUUUGAUUGUGAAAACAUUUAAAGCUAUGUUUUGAUCGUCAAAUUUUACAUAUUAGAAGAAAUAGGGACAGGUCCCCUUCUCAGCCUGAUAGGAUGGACCAUUAUGUCGAGAGAAAUAGAUACCAAAUGUUUAUCAAUCUAAAUCACAUAACAUGGGUGUAUGUUAUAUCAUUAAAGAAUAGUUUACAAUUGUUGUUGACAAUGUCACACCAAUAAUAAUCA